UCAAUAGUUCAGAUUUUGAGGAAAUGAAACAAUUACUUUUUUCUCAACAGCAAGCUUUUUUUUUUUACUUUAACAAUCAGGAAAAGAAGAGUUCAAUUUACAGAGACACACUGAUUUUUGUAGGAUGCAGUCAUUGGCUCAGUUUGCUUUGGUUUGGGUAGGAGUUCUGCUCCCAUUUUUUUCCUGUCAGGAGUUCUGUCGGGUGCAGGAUGGGAAAGAUGGGUUGGAAGGAAUCCCUGGCAGGGACGGCAUGCCUGGACCAAAAGGAGAGAAAGGAAAACCAGCAUUGCAGGUUGAGCUAAACAAGAUUGCUCUGGAUGAAUUUAAAGGAGAGAUGGGUAGCCAGGGUCCCCAAGGAGAAGUUGGCCCAAAGGGUUAUCUGGGUCUACAGGGCCCGCCUGGUCCCCCUGGUCCUAAGGGCCCUAGGGGAACCAGUGCAGGUUUUGGCACCGCCAAUAUCAGCCAGAAGCCAGCCUUCUCUGUUCUUCGAAAUAAAUUAAGCUAUCCUUUACAUGGCCAGCCUGUGACCUUUGAUAUGCAACUUAGCAAUGUCAAUGGAAAUUUCCACCUUGAAACUGGCUACUUCACCUGCAAGGUUCCUGGAGUGUACUACUUUGUGUUUCACUCAAUGUCUGAGGGACGCUUAUGUCUUAGGCUUAAGAGUAACAGUAAAUCUCCCGUUAGCCUCAGUUUUUGUGACUUUAACCUACGAUCGGUUUCUCAGGUUGUGUCAGGUGGAGCCAUACUGAAAUUAGCUCAAAAUGAGAGAGUAUGGAUUGAACCGUUCAAGGCUGACAACACUGAUGGCAACAAAAUGUCCAAAAGUUCUGGACAGGUGUCUGCUGUGUUUAAUGGAUUUUUAAUCUAUCCCAGUACUGAGUAGACUCAUACAUAUCAAACAUAUAAUCGCAAAUGUUUUUGAUUAAUGUGUUUUACUGUGGCAGUGAUGUAAGCAUUUUCAAGCAAAAAUGAAAUAAUCUAAUCUGCACUGUUUGAAUGCUGUAUUAAACUUUGUAAAUGUUGCUCUGACUUCUUUCAUAAAUGUCCAAUUAACAAAUUUCAAUAAAAACAAGAGAACUAAA